AUGUCCAAACAAGUCCGUGCACGAGAGAUCGGCAUUCCUUUCAAGGGAACUCCAGGUAUUUUCAAUUCAAUAACGGAUGUUCGUGGGGUUGAGGUAGGACAUCGAACAUUGAUUGAAGAUUCGGAACAACCGUCAACAGAUCCGAAACCUAUUCGAACAGGUAUUACAGUUAUUCUUCCCAGAGGAAAAUCAAUUUCAGGAAAUCUUGAAGAACAACAAACAUUUGGUGCAUGGUACUCAUUGAAUGGAAAUGGAGAAAUGACUGGAACGACAUGGCUUGAAGAAUCAGGUUUUCUUGCGCCAAUAAUUGCAAUAACUAAUACACAUAGUGUUGGAACAGUUCGAGAUGCAGCCAUUCAAUGGAUUGCUCAGCAGUCAACUGGAUCAGUUGUGUCCGAUGAUGACUAUUGUCCAUUAAGUUUACCAGUUGUUGCUGAAACAUGGGAUGGAUUUCUUAAUGAUAUAAAUGGAUUUCAUGUUCAGCCACAACAUCUCUUCGAUGCAAUCCGAUCAGCAAGUUCAGGUCAUAUUGUUGAAGGAAAUGUAGGAGGGGGAACAGGAAUGGUUACACAUGAAUUUAAAGGUGGUAUUGGAACAUCGUCUCGUAAACAUGGCGAGUAUACAGUUGGUGUUCUUGUUCAGUCUAACUAUGGAAGAAGACAGCAAUUAACUAUUGCUGGUGUUCCUAUAGGUGAAGAAAUGUUAGAUGAACUUUUACCAGUUCGUGGACGAGGACGACCAAUUAAUACUCAGGAGCAAGGCUCAAUUAUUGUAGUUGUUGCUACAGAUGUACCACUCUUACCACAUCAGUUAAAGCGACUUGUUCGUCGUGUACCACUCGGAAUUGGACUCGUAGGAGGACGAGGUGGAAAUGAAUCCGGUGAUAUUUUCAUUGCAUUUUCAACAGCUAAUCACCAAGAAAUGGGGAAAAAAACAGGUUUAAUGCAUUUAGACGUACUGCCCAAUGAACAGAUGGAUCCUUUAUUUGAAGCUGUUACACAAGCCACUGAAGAAGCUAUUUUGAAUGCCAUGAUUGCAGCAAAAACAAUGGAAGGAAUACAUGGAAAUAAAAUCUAUGCUAUUCCACAUGAAAGAAUUCGUGAAAUAUUAAAAAAGUAUAAUAGAUUACAAAAUAACUAA